AUGGUGAUUAAGCAAGCAAAGAUUGAAGCAGAGAAAGUUAAAGAAAUGGGGAUCAGAGAUACAAGAAAGCUAGCAGAAACAAUAAUGGUUAUAGGUAACAGGACGAUUGUAUGCCAAGACAAAGGCAGUAUGUGGUCACUGAGUUUAUGGCAUUCCUCAAACCCUCUCCAGGCAGCCAUUCCUCUUCUUCUUGUGCAGGUCUCCUUGAUCUCCACCGUCUCCAAACUUAUUGAGUUUUGCCUCAAGCCUCUUGGACAGUCCACCAUUGUCUCCCAGAUUCUUGGUGGUAUGGUAUUUGGUCCAUCAAUGCUAGGGCAUCAAAAGACAAUAGCAAGUACCUUGUUCCCACUGAGAGGUACGUUGGUGAUCGAAACAUUUGCGACAUUCGGCAUCAUCUUCUUCAUCUUCUCCGUAGGUGUUAAGAUGGAACCUGUUACGCUCCUGCGUUCGCAGCCACAAGCUUUGGUAUUAGGCCUUUCAGUCUUCUUCUUCACCCUAAUACUACCUGUUGCUCUAGCCACCAUAUUAAGAAAUAACGUCCCCAUGCAAACUAGCUUCGCAGACUCCAUAACCCUAAUAGCCGGAAUGCAGUCCUUCACUAGUUUACCAGUCGUUGCAUGCCUUCUGAAUGAACUCAAGCUCAUCAACACUGAAAUCGGUCGCCUUGCGCUCUGUGCCUCAAUCUACUGUGACAUAUUGGGGAUUUUGGUUUCAGCGGUUGUGUUAUCAAUAACACAAACCAAGUCAAACAACUCAUAUCCAUCAUACCUACCGCUUCUAUCAGUAAUUGUACUAACACUUGUUAUUAUAUUCAUAGUCAGGCCACUGAUUCUAAGGUUCAUACACCAACUUCCCAUUGAGAAACCAAUAAAUGAAGCUUAUAUCGUCAACUUCUUCGUUCUGGUUCUUGUAGCUACGUUCGUUAGUGAGUUCAUAGGGCAACAUUUUGUGUUUGGGCCGUUGGUUUUGGGGAUGAUUGUGCCUGAUGGUCCUCCAUUAGGAACCUCAUUGACAAUGAAAAUUGACACUUUUGUUUCUGGGUUGCUUUACCCAACUUACCUAGCAGUGAGUGGACUGAACACCAAUGUCUUUCUCAUCAAAUUUGAGUCAGUUUGGAUAGUGGGUUCCAUUAUUGUGUUCUCUUUCUUUGUCAAGCUUGGGUCUGCAAUGGUUCCUGCCACUUUCUUUUGUAAUCUGCCUGCAAGAGAAGCUCUUACACUCGGACUUAUACUCAAUGCAAGAGGCAUCAUUGAUAUUAUGACCUUCAACGUCCUGAAACAGGGCAAGAUGCUAGGAGAUGAAGAGUUUUCGCUGGCAGUGAUAUCAGUGAUAUUCAUAUCAGCAACUAUAAUGCCAUUGAUAAAACUUCUCUACAAUCCAUGGCAUCAAUACCACAAAAUCAGGCAAAACACAAUCCAACAUGCCAAGUACAACUCCGACUUCAGAAUCCUCGUCUGCAUCCAUCACCACGACAACAUUCCCACCAUCAUUAACCUCCUCGAAGUCUCUCAUGCUUCGGAGGAAUCCCAUGUCAUAACCAUCGCUCUCGUCCUCGUCGAAUUGGCCGGCAGAACUACUCCUUUACUUGUAUCUCACAGGGCGCAAACACGAACAUUCGAGUCCACUUCCUCCACAACAGGUCAGAUUGUGAAUGCUCUCAGACGCUACGAGCAGUACAAUCAAGGAUGUGCAAUGGUGGAGUCUUUCACAAGCAUAUCUUCUUAUGCUACGAUGCAUGGAGACAUAUGUCGACUGGCUUUGGACAAGAGAGCCAACAUAGUCAUCAUGCCUUUUCACAAACAGUGGGCGAUCGAUGGCUCUGUUGGUUCGAUUCAUCGACCUAUACAGAAUUUGAACAUCAAUGUCCUCAACAAGGCUCCAUGCACCGUCGGAAUCCUAAUCGAUCGAGGAAUCGUAACGGGAUCAACAUCAGUUAUUGCCAGUAAAAGGGUAUUCAAUGUCGGAGUUCUGUUCUUCGGAGGAGCAGACGACGCAGAGGCCUUAGCAUACGCAGCUCGAAUGGUGAAUCACGAAUGCGUACGCCUCUUAGUCACCAGGUACAUUCUAUUCGGAAGCGAAAAUUCAAGAGAAAGAAAGCGAGACACCGAGACAAUCGACGAGUACCUGAAAGCCAACGCUGGGAACGAGAGGUUCAAGUACGAGGAACAAGUGCUGAGAGACGGCGUAGGAGUGGCGCAGUCGAUUAAAGCAAUGUCGGAUUGUUACGAUUUGAUGUUAGUAGGGAAGUACCAUCCGGAAUCUCCUCUGUUUACGGGGCUGGAUGAGUGGAGCGAGUGUCUGGAAUUGGGGAUCAUCGGCGAUUUACUGGCGUCGUCGGAUUUUGAGAGCAAGGCGUCGGUGAUUGUCGUGCAGCAGCAGAGAUUAGGAGGUCCGUUGAUCAAUCGGACAUCACAACAGGCGGCGGUCAAUGAUCGUUCGGAACGACCGGCGAAGAAGUCGCAGGUCCAUGAUGUUUCGUUUGAAGACAACUCGGUGAAGGCUGCGCAUCAAAAGCCGAUGCACCAUUCAGAUGAUUCGUGGUCUAUUGCCAUCAAUGCUAAAAAUCGACUUUAGACGACUUAGGAGUUUGUAAUUAAUUUAAGAAUUUUUUUUUCUUGCUCCUCUUCUAUUCCAUUUUUUCGAAGUACGAGGGCUUUAAUAUUU